GCUGCACGUGUUCUGUGUCCCACCCAUUCACUGCAGGAUGGUCCUGCUCCCUCAGUUUUGGACUCAUCGAUUCACACUGGAUCUCCCUGGAGCAAUGCUCUAUCGAGGCAACGCCAAUUUAUUAUAGAUGGACAUUAUGGCGUAUCUCGCCUCCAUCUUUCCCACGAGACAGGGUUACAUGGGGUUGGUUCGGGGGUCGAGAAUGCCACCCUCCGCUGAACCGACCCUUCUCGUGAACCCGUGAUUCCACACUUCCGCUGUCGUCCCGCUCCACAAGAAACUCCGGGCACAUGCUCACGGAAAGAUUAUCUUUACUUGUGAAGUGGAGAUCGCCGAGGGCGUGAACGAGAGCGCGGGCGUUCCAUGCGGGGGUGAAAAGAUCCCUCAAUUAUCCGACUUCAGCAACACCACAAGACCUGCAAAUUUCUUGAGCUUGAUUCGAUUCAUUCUCGGCCCCAAAUCUAUUAGGCUGGUCUACAAACUCUUCUUCUGCUUCCGCCCUACAGCUGCAAGCAUCUCCGGCAGGCCACCUCGUCCGCAAUAGGGCAUCUUGUCUCCCAACUUGUCACAACUUCAAGGCACAGACACCUCGGCGUCCCAGCCGCACAUAGCUCGACCCCGGCCUUGGCGGGUGACCACUUCAAUUUGUUGGUACCGACAUCACCAUCUACCAGCACGACACUUAAUAACCGAACUCUGCCCACGGCUUCUGCCUCCCCCGCAGCUAUCCUAGGCGACUUUUUGCAAAGUCGCUGAGAACAUACCCGGAGCUUUCUGUACCAAUUCAUCACGAGCUGAGCCUGUUGUCAAAAUCUCGGGGUGAAUUCAGUCGGACUCAGGCUCCUGGAAUGCGAUCGUCAUUGAGACAUCCCCCGUGAAAUUUGGAUGGCGUUUGCGUCCGGAGGGUGCCAGUUCGGGAUCGGUCAAUUGCGUAUUCGAUCACAAUCUGCCCUGCAAGCCAUUUCGCCAACUCCUGACGUUUCUGACCUGGAGUUCACUUUUCGCACAAUUCAUCAUAUUUUCUGGCCCCCCGUGGCGUGUAUAUCACAAAAUGUCGUUUACUUCGCCCGUUCGUGACGGGGUAUGACUCUUGGAUCUCUCUUUGCAUCUAUCGAACCUUGAUCCGUGCAGCGGCUGACCUAUUUCUCCAGUCAGAUGCUACCCAGAUCGUUGUGGUUAUGGUCGGUUUGCCGGCGCGCGGCAAAAGUUUAAUAGCUGGAAAAGUCAAACGCUAUCUGCGAUGGACCUCUGUCAAGGCCGAAGUGUUCAACGUAGGUACCUAUAGAAGAACUGAUAAUCCUCACCCGGACGCCAAGUUCUUUGAUGUCAACAAUACCGAGGGAGAAAAGGCACGUCGAGCAGCAGCAGAGGCUGCUGUUGCCGAUAUGCUCAACUGGUUCAAGGAUAAAGAGAACAAAGUCGCCAUCCUCGAUGCCACAAACUCGACCAAAAGUAGACGAAAAUGGAUCCAUGACAAGAUCAUUGAAGCAAACUUACUCCGUAAUACCCGCCUUUGAUUAUGUUACAAAGCUGCUGACGUUAGUCCUAGAUCUCUUUGUCGAAAGCAAGUGCGAUGAUGAAGAUCUCAUCAUGUCCAAUAUAUUAGAAGUCAAGACCAGCUCCCCGGAUUAUGUUGGGCAGGACCCGGAGGAAGCGGCCAGAGAUUUUCGCGAUAGAAUCAGAAAUUACGAAAAGGUGUACCAAACAAUCGAUGAAUCGGAGAAGCAUUUGACUUAUGUGAAGAUCAUCAAUAUCGGGGCCCGCACCGUCAUCAAUCUCAUUCAAGACUACCUCCAAUCUCGCCUGGUGUAUUACCUCACCAAUCUUCACAUCAAACCGCGAUCAAUCUGGCUGUCACGCCAUGGGGAAUCCGAAUACAAUCUUGAGGGAAAGAUUGGGGGUGACGCCAAUAUUAGUGAACGUGGAGACCGAUAUGCCCGCCUACUACCCGAGCUCGUCAAACGUUCCGGCCUUCCCAAAGAUGCCCCUCUGACCAUCUGGACGUCCACCUUGAGACGAACGAGCCAGACGGCCCAGUAUCUCGUAAAGGAGCUAGGAUGGGAGAAAUUACAAUGGAAAGCGCUGGACGAACUCGAUAGUGGUGUUUGCGAUGGAAUGACGUACCAGGAAAUCGCGGACAAAUACCCAGAAGACUUCCAGGCCCGAGAUGACGACAAAUACAACUAUCGCUACCGAGGAGGCGAGUCCUAUCGCGACGUUGUCAUUCGACUGGAACCGAUCAUCAUGGAGUUGGAGAGAAGCGAGAAUAUUAUCAUCAUCACGUACGUUGCCAUCCCUUGUCUUUCCGUCCACUUUCCCAACUUACAGCUCACCAUCUCUCAGACAUCAGGCCAUCGUCCGUUGCAUCUACGCAUACUUUAUGGAAAUCCCACAAGAAAAGUCCCCCUGGAUGGAGGUGCCUCUGCACACCUUGAUGAAGCUCACGCCCAAGGCGUAUGGGACCCAGGUGGACAAGUACAAGGCAGACAUCCCCGCUGUAUCGACCUGGCGACCCAAAGGAUCCACCGCAAAACAUCACGAUAGUGUUAGUGAAGGUGUCCCAGAAGUCCGAGUUGGGGACAAGACCAGCCAAAAGAGUGAACCGCCGCCGAUGACAGGUCUCCCUUUGCCGUGACGAAGUUUAUGACGUUGGAACGAGAAUGUUGAUCGUCCGAGUCAUGAUUCUGAUCUGGUAUAGCUAUUUGAAUGGGAUGGAGGAUGUGCGACAUGAUUCUGUGACCAUGCUGGAAAACCAAACUUCAGACUCUAGACUCGUCUGGCGAAAGCUGAUUUCGACAACCUCUCAAGGCUGCAUCGUGGAGAACAGCCAUGUAUUGCUACAGCGGACUAGACUAUGGAUGGCAAGUGCAUGUUGAUUCUAGAACGGACAUGGAAACAUCAUCACCGGCCAUUUGAACAUGACUUAUUGGUAUAUAGAUGGUGAUGAUAUCCAUAAAUCUUCUCUCCUUUGCAAACUCUUGUCUUGAAGCACCAGCCGUCGUCAUGCACAAGCUAUAUGUCUCGCCGUAGGUGGGUACGGAAGGGUAUGAAGCAUAUUCAGGUCGUAUCACAUGUCCCAUGAUAAUGUUCCACUGUCCUUAAGUCUAGUUACCGAGCCAAUGCCUUU